AUGGCGCCGCUGGAUGCGGUCGUGUGCAGUGCCCUGGCGGCCGCCCCGCACCUUGACGAACAGGCAUGGCACAACGGUCACACGGGUCCCCUUGACAAGCUGCUCGCGCUGCGUCAGCACGGCGGCGGCCCUCUGGAGGACGCGACCUGGGAGGCGAUCCUCGCCGCGCUGCACAGCCCGCUCACGGCAGAGCGCGCCUUCCAGGUGUUGGGGCUCACGCUCACCGACAACCCCGCGUGCCGGCGGCAGGCCCACGCGCGGCCCGAGGUUAUCAGGGCCGUCGCGCGCCCCUUUUUAUCAGACCUCGCAGCCGCCGGCCAGUCGCUGGUCGAGGAGGCGGGUCGCUGCCUGCUUCCAAUUUUGAGGACAGACUGCCCGGCCGAGGGCGCCGCCCCCGUCCUCGCCGCGGCGCCGACCAUCCCGGCGGCGCUCUGCCAGCUGCUGCCCCAGCUGGUGCUGCGGGGGCGCGACCGGCUGAUGGACUGCUUCGGGUGCGUCGCGUCGCUGUGGGCGCUGGUGGACGGCGACGCCAGCGGCGGCGCGGCGGCGCAGGCGCUGCAGCAGCCCGGGCUGGCGGCGGCGCUGCGGCGGAUCGGAGACCCAGAGGGAGAGGCGCUGCAAGACGCGCACGAAGACGUGUUGGCCGCGUCGCACAAGCUCGCUUAUCAACUGGCGUCCGCCCUGUGUGAGAAAGCCGCCAGCACCCCCAACUUGAGGUGUGCGGAAGUGCCCGCGCUCAAGCAGCUGCAGGCGCGGCUCUUGGCGUGCCGGCCUCUGCCCGGCAUGCGGGAGCAGGCCCAGCGGACGGGUAGCCAACGGGGCCAGCAGGGAGCGGCUGCUGGGACGGCCCCGCCUGGGCCUUCGCGGGAGCAGUGUCAGCAGCAGCAGCAGCAGCAGCAGCAGCAGCAGCAGCAGCAGCAGCAGCAGCAGCAGCAGCAGCAGCAGCAGCAGCAGCAGCAGCAGCAGCAGCAGCAGCGAGAGAGAAAGCAGCAGCAGCAGCCUGAGACAAAGCAGCGGCCACAGCAGCAGCAGCAGCAGCAGCAGCAGCAGCAGCAGCAGCAGCAGCAGCAGCAAGACGUUGACUCGCAGAGGGAACGCGGCUUGCCAGCCGCGGCGCCGGCAAAGCCCGCAGCGACAUGCGCGGCGUGCGGCAAGCAUCGCUGGCCGCCGGGUGUGAAGCUGCGGCCGUGUAGCGGGUGCUAUGCAGCUCUCAAGGUCUACUACUGCUCGUCGGAUUGGCCGCGCCACCGGGCCGAGUGCAAGGCGGCGCAGCAGCGGCUGCAGCAGCAGCCCCAGCCCGAGGGCGCUCCCGCAGCUGCGCCGCAGCUGCAGGGUCCAGGGUCAGAGGGGGCUGACGCCCCCACCCCACCAGGGGCUGACGCCCCACCACAAACCCUGGAGGGGCUUAUGGUGCUGCCAGUGCGUGAGCUGCGGGCGCUUCUGACGUCACACAGCGUCAGCGCCGCGGGCGCGGUGGAGAAGGCUGACUUGGCGCGACUGGUGUUGGGCGUGCUGCAGGGGAGCGGUGGCGGCAGCGCGAGCAGCACCGGGAGCGGCUGA